AUGGAUAUCUCCGAACAUAGAGGUUACAGAGAUUUUGUGUGGGCAAUUGAAUUAAAUCGAUUCGGAUUGGAACUGAUCGGUUUAUGGCCUAAAACAAAUGAACUAGUUAAAGAUAAAUAUUACAUAUCCAAUCUUCGCGUUAUUAUUAUUUUCAUUAUAAUAACAUUUAUUUCUGGUAUUCCACUCAUGAUGGCGGAAGAUUGGAUGACAUUGAAGCUUGACACAGAAAGGAAUGUGAUGAUGAAGCGAGCGCGGACUGCUCGGCUGAUCGUAAUUUGCGGAUACGUAUUGAUGAUACUAGCAUUCACUGUGAUCAUCAUUUUUCCUUGUUUUGGCGUACCAUUCAGACGCUUAACAAAUCUCACAGAUCGGGAUAAACCGUUACCGCUACAGACAUAUUAUUUCUACGACACAGAUAAGAGUCCGCAAUUUGAACUCACGCUUGUCAUUCAAGCCAUAACAAUUUUCUUAGCAGCUAUAACAUAUACAUCGGUAGAUGCUUUCCUUGGACUUACAAUUCUUCACAUCUGCGGCCAGUUAGAGAACUACAGGAGUCGAUUGAUCAACUUGGUCUCAUGUAAAGAUUUUAAUAAUGCUUUACGAAAUUUUGUAUGGGCAAUCGAACUAAAUCGACUCUGUUUAGAAUUAGUCGGUUUAUGGCCCAAAAUCAACGGAGCAGUUAAGAAUACCUUCGUUUCGGAUCUUCGUAUGGGCAUAAUUUUCUUUAUAGUAACUUUCUUAUCCAUUAUUCCUCUUUUAUGCUCCCUUGUGCGAGUUUGGGGUGACAUGAUACUUAUAGUAGACAACCUCCAAGUUAUUUUACCUUUACUAGUCGUUUCACUGAAACUUAUCAUCAUACGAUGGAAACGUACAGCUAUUGCACUGCUCGUAAAGAUGAUGGUAGAAGAUUGGAUGGAAUUAAAGAUGGACGCAGAAAGAGAUGUGAUGAUUAAACGAGCACAAACUGCGCGAUUGAUUGAAAGAUUAUUACCCUUUCAGGCAUAUUACUUUUACGAUAUAGAUAAGAGUCCACAAUUUGAGAUCGCGCUUGUGAUUCAAGCUGCGACGAUGUUUCUAGGUGGAAUGACUUAUACCUCGGUAGAUGCUUUUCUUGGACUCUUGAUUCUUCACAUUUGUGGUCAAUUGGAGAACUUCAAACACCGAUUGACCAAUUUGACAUCAUGCAAGGAUUUUGAUAGCGCUCUGUGUAACAAUGUGAUUACCGGGAAUGAGAUAGGCCACAUGUCUCUUACAAGAGUAUGCUUUUUAGUGAUUGGAAUCUUUACAUUAUUGGCGCAUACAUUUCUCUAUUGUGGUGCAGGAGAAAUUAUAGCAGAGCAAUGCGAAGCAGUACACAGUGCUAUAUGUAAUCUUGAAUGGUAUAAAUUGGAACCGAGGAAGAAGAAAUAUCUUAUUUUAUUAAUGAUACGUGCUAAUGAACCUUUUCGUAUUACCGCGGGAAAGAUAUUUCCAUUAACAAUGACCACAUUUUGCAGCCUAUUAAAAACAUCGGCUGGCUACAUAUCGUUUUUACUAGCAAAGCGCAAAAUUGAAUUAUGA